CGACGGUCCCAGCUGGAUCAACCCGUCAAAGGAAGAAUCAUCAAGUUGACGGAUACAUGGCAGGUACAAAUCUGUUGGUACGUACUGACAGGUUGUCAGCAUUUAUUAAGCAUGCCACGUGUCACUCUCUGAAUGGUCGUUGUAUAGGAUCGAAGUGUCGCUUCGUCUUCCGUGCACUUCCUAUAUAUAUAAGGCGCCUUACUCUUUCAUUUUUCAAUUUUCACUCAGAAAACACUUGUCAGAGCGAAGCCGUCAACCCUGUCAGAGCAAAGCCGUCAACCUUAUCAGUGCAAUCCGUCGAGGACGAAUACUUGCUGAUUACACCAACCGUCACCUAUCCUCUGCUAAGUUCGGUAGACGGCGCCCUCAAGUCAGCCUCGAGGAGUUUAGCUUUCUUGAAAAGGUUUGCAAGAAGACUACGCCGGAGGAAAGGACUUGGGCUAAGUUGGUGAAUCCGAGGACCAUACAUUGGUACUGCGACGGUCCUGAGCCCACCCAAGAAGCAAUAAGAUACGACGAGCGCGUUCAUAGACAGAUGGAGGACGCAAAAAGGAGAGCCCUGAUCAAAUCCCAAGCCGUCAAGAAGAGGGAAUCCGGCGAGGUGGUUCCUAAGGUGUCGGCUUCAGCACCUAAGAGGAAACCAACAUCAAAAUCUGACCGUCCAUUCAAGCAACCAAAGGUCUCACUUGAACCUGUGGUUGGUUUAAUGGCUGAGGGUAUCAAGACCGUCACCCCAGCUAAGAAGGGGACGGGUAAAGGACUGAUGACGGCCCCGGAGGGUAAGCAAGAGAGACCUCCUUCCCUUCUCCGCGACGACUCCAAGUAUGCAUUGGAGAAGCUGUCGUCCAUCAUCACGGCAGAAGACUACGAAGAUCUGGGGAACCAUUCGACGGAGGCCAUGGGGGAGACGGGCCUCUUUUCCGUCGCUCAGUCCUUGGUCAUGAUGAAGGGUCUACUGGACCGGUGUCUCAACCGUGAGAGUGCCUUGGACCGGGUUCGCGCAAAGGCAGAGCAGACGGAGGAAGAGCUCGGACAACUCCAUCAAUGGAGGUCCAAGAUGGAGAGGAAGCUGGAGCUUUCUGAGAAGGCGAGGAAGGAGCUGGAGGAAAAGACGGCCUCUGCGCUGACGGUCAUCGAGAAAAGGGAGGCGGAGAUCAAAGCACUAAAGGAAGAGAUCCGUCAUGCGAAGGAGGUAGCCGUCGAGGAGUACCGAUGCUCAGAGUCCUGCUUGGGCGAGCUGUCAGACUCUUUCCUUCAAGGCUUCGACGAUUCUCUCCGUCAAGUCAAGAACGCCUAUCCAGAGCUGGAUUUAUCAAUGGUCAAACUUGAGGACCAAGCCCAGACCUCUGCCCUCCCCGUCGCUUCAGAAAAUACGGAGUUCCUCUUUGGCGAAGAUGUUGCUCCAGGAGACGGAGAAUCCGCCCCGUCGAAGGACGUCCAGGUCGCCGAACAAAAGGCAGAUUGAUGUUAAUGUAAUUUACUUUGAGAACCAUCCGUCCCUUUUUUUUAUUUAUUUAUUUACAUAUCAGAACUGUCCGUCUUCUUUAAUUGUAUUAAACACUUGCCUUUUGGGCUUUUGGCUUAA